AUGAAUAUCGUACCACAAGGUAACUUUAAAUCUCAAGUCUCCACGGAUCAAGACGGAAGUGUUCUUUCUUCUGCGGUGCCCUCCUUGCCAGACGCAUUACGCCAGCAAGAAGGCGGUGCAGUACCUCUUUCCACACAAUUGAAUGACAGACACCCAUUAGAGUUGACAUUGAAGCACUGGGAAACCACACAGCGCCAAAGACAAAUGGAACAGUAUCGACAAAUAUUUGGCAUUGCCGAACCCAUGAAAAGGACAAUGGAAAUGGAAAUUGUUAAUCGUACCGACUUCAACCCUCUUUCAACAAGCGGUAGCAUACACCGUGAUAUACUACUGAACAAAGAGUGCAGCAUGGAUUGGGAGGACGUCUACCCUGGCACCGGCCUACAAGCCAGCACUAUGGUGGGCGAUGACGUUCACAGCAAAAUCGAAAAGCAAUUGGGCAUUUAA